GACCACCUCGGAAGGUGUCGGAAGCGUUUCAUUUUCCUCGACGCAAAUGGCAUUCUCGUUAAUAAAUUCAUAAUCGUUGGGCGUUCCAUCUAGGCGUGUACUUAUAGAAUCAAAAAAGUCCACCGCGACAAAACUCAAUCCUCUCACUCUAUUCGUCAGAAGAAAGAAACACAAAGCGCAGUUUCAUUACCUCUUUCCACAACCCCCCAGAAGUCAAAAAGACAAAACCUUUCGAGAGAUUCAGGUUGGAGAAGAUGGGUUCUGAAGGACCAAAAGCUAUUACAAUUCACGUGACUGGCUUCAAGAAGUUUCUUGGUGUUUCCGAGAACCCUACUGAGAAAAUAGCUAAUAAUCUGAAGUCGGUUGUGGAAAAACGAGGGUUGCCUUCUGGGUUGAGUCUUGGUAGCUGUACUGUUCUUGAGACUGCAGGGGAAGGUGCAAAGUCUCAUCUUUAUGAGGUUUUGGAGUCUAGUGUUGCUGUUAUCUCUGGAAAAGAUAAGAACAUCAAUGGAACUGUUGUUUGGCUUCAUCUUGGAGUAAACAGUGGAGCGACAAAGUUUGCAAUUGAAAGGCAAGCAGUGAACGAAGCUCAUUUCCGUUGUCCUGAUCAAUUAGGCUGGCAACCACAGAGGAUUCCUAUUGUUAUUGAAGAUGGAAGUAUUACAAAAGCAAAAGAGACUUCAUGUUCGACAGAGUCGAUUCUUAAGUUACUGAAGAACAAAGGUUUCGACGUGGUUGAAUCAGACGACGCUGGACGGUUUGUGUGCAACUAUGUGUACUAUCAUUCUCUGAGGUUCGCAGAGCAAAAGGGACACAAGUCUCUGUUUGUUCACGUUCCUUUGUUCUCCCAAAUCAGUGAAGAAACACAGAUGCUGUUCGUGGUUUCUCUCUUGGAGGCUAUUGCAACUACUUGCUAGUCUCCUUCACCAUUUUGUAAGUGUUAUGUCAUGUAUAUAUAUCCUUCUACGGAAGCUUUGUGUUCUAUUGUUUGGAGGUAUCUGAAAGAAAGAUCCUUUUGUGAUCGUCUGUGUAAAAUCAAAAAUAAAAUUUAUCUUUAUUCAAAAUGUCAAAGGUUGGAUUUGUAUGUUACUUGAACCCUAAUAUUGCAUAAAAGUAAAAGACGCCUUCCUUGUGUAAAGACGUUGAUUGGUAGAUACUUGUGACGCAAGGCAC